UCUACAGCAGAGGCCGAGGACGCGGUGCUCUCACUUGGCUUCGCGGGAGGGGAGGGAGACGUCGUCGUCGUCGUCGGCGUCGGUUGCGUCUCCACUCCGCAGGAGCCGCAGCCGCAGGCACCGCCGCCUCCCUCCUCCUCUCCGGCGAGCUCAGCGCGGCGGCCCCCCUCGCCGCGGAAUCCGCUGCUCGUCCCGCUUCCGCACGUCCGCAGGUCCAGUAUAUAAUUGUUUCAGCAAAAGCGAACCCACCAUGGGUCAAGGUCCGUCUCUGAGCCAUGAGAAUAGCUCGAUCGAAUAUGCUGCGGGAUCUAGUAAAGGAUCAAACUCAAAAGUUGAAAACGUUCAUUGCACUAUCCUUGAUUUAGAUGGCUCCAGCUCCACAUCAUUCUUCGGUGUUUAUGAUGGCCAUGGAGGAGCUGAUGUAGCAUUGUAUUGCGCUAACAACUUCCAUAGAGUGCUGGUAAACGAUGGAGAUUAUAAGGAUAAUUUGGAUGUGGCACUGAAGCGUGCGUUUACCAGAAUGGACGAGCAACUGGACCAAAAUGAUGACUGGAGGACAUUGGCGAACCCUCCUGGUGUCGGUGUCAAAUUGCUAUGUUUUCCCAGCACCGCCCCUCGUGUCCAGGGAACUCCAUACAUGGAAGGGAGCACAGCAUGCGUGGUUCUCAUUAGAGGAAACCAGAUCAUUCUUGGGAAUGUUGGCGACUCUUGUUGUGUACUCUCAAGGGAUGAUAGUCGGCAGGCAACUGAGUUAUCGACCAACCACACGCCAGAAAAUCAGGAUGAAAGGAACAGAAUUAAAACUGCUGGAGGGCAACUACUCAACGUAGGUGGCGCUGAUCUUGUUAAUGGGAUACUUCCUUUGACAAGAGCUAUUGGUACCUUCCGUUUCAAGCCACCUUCUGCAGGACAUAUUGUGACAUGUAUUCCAGACAUGCACAUUGCGGACAUCACUCAUGAUACCAAGUAUCUUCUUAUAGCAAAUCGCGCAUUCUGGGAUACCACUCCUAUAUCAAGUGAGAUGGCUGUCAAGUAUUUGAGGCAGUAUUCUGGGAGCUAUAGUGUUGCUAGCAUGUGCGAUAAGCUUCUGAAUCUUUGCCGCAACCCGGUGGACAACUUGACGCUGAUACUGGUUUACUUCAAGCCGAGUGCCAGGCUCCCACGUCCGGUCCCGCCUGCUCCCACCAACUUGCCCGUGCCCGUGGUUGGCUAGCGAGCUGCACGUAGGGAGCUCUGAGUGGAGUCUUGAUCGAGAGGAUAGAGGGAGCUCAUGGGCCUGGAAGUUCUGCAGUGCUAUAUGUUUCAUGUCUUGAUGUGAUGCCAUACGAGAAUGAUGAUAACAUGGCGUAGGUACGAGUUGUUCAGCUUACACUAGUACUGAUUGGUGCAUGCUUACUGAGAUCUGUUUAAGAGAUUUUGCUUUGGAGUUGGGUUCUUCACGCGCUUAGUUUUCCGCGUUUGACCUGAUACUGUAGUUUCUAAGAAUUCCUAUGUGUUGCAGAGUACUAUGCCUUUCUGAAUCUGAAUCGCACUGAAUUCUUGUUUCUGUA